GUUUUAGUUCAGUGAGCUUGUCGCUGUUGACAUCUUGGUGCUGUGUAUUUUCUCUGUUCCAGAACAAUCGAAUUUUAUGAGUGGAUCGUUUAUGUUGAACAUGGAGCAGACAGCGGAGCCGCCUGUGGCCAAACGGACCACUUCAGAGCAAAGGAAACUGCGUUCCCGUGAUGCAGCCAGAUGUAGGCGGAGUCAGGAGACGGAGGUGUUUUAUGAGCUCGCCCACACUCUUCCUCUCCCUCGCCGAGUCACCACCCACCUGGACAAGGCUGCCAUCAUGAGAGUCACUCUGAGCUACCUGCGCAUGCAGAACCUCCUCCAAGCUGAUGAGAACCAGAAAGAUGAGUGUAAAGACAGAACGGAGGAGGACGAGGAUCCAAUGAACCCUUUCUAUCUUGAGGUGCUGGCAGGCUUCGUCAUGGUGAUGACUGAAGAGGGUGACAUGAUCUACCUGUCUGAAAAUGUCAGCAAACACAUUGGCAUCACACAGCUGGAGCUGCUGGGUCAGAGUGUUUAUGACUUUGUUCAUCCCUGUGAUCAGGAGGAGCUCAGAGACCUGGUGACCCCAAGACCAGGUUUGAACAAGAAUCAGCUGAGCGAGUUAAACUUCUUUCUGCGCAUGAAGAGCACGAUGACCAGCAGGGGGCGUACUGUCAACAUCAAGUCUGCCACCUGGAAGGUGCUCCACUGUACAGGCCACAUGCGUCAGUUUGGUGGUGGUGCCACAUCGCUCCCUGCAGCCGGAGUGGUGACCCUGCUGUGUGAGCCCAUCCCUCACCCAUCCAGCGUGGAGUUCCCUCUGGAUUCCAACACUUUUCUGACCCGUCACAGCAUGGACCUGUGCUUUACACACUGCGAGGGCAGGGUGACUGAGUUAGUGGGAUACAAGUCUGAAGAUCUGAUUGGCCACUCGGCCUACGAGUUCCACCACGCACUUGACUCCAUUCACAUCAAGAAGAGCCUGCUCACCUUGCUGACCAAAGGUCAGGUUCGCACCAGCCGCUACCGUUUUCUGGUAAACAAUGGUGGCUUUGUCUGGGUGGAGACUCAGGCAACUGUCCUCUACAGCAACAAGACGUCACAGCCUGAAGCCAUUGUCUGCCUUAACUUCAUACUCAGUGCAGUCGAGCAGCCGGAUGUCAUUUUUUCAGCGGAGCAGGUGGAGUGCGGCCAAACGCUCAAAGUGGAACCUCAGUCACCAGCAGCUGUAGAGGAAACUUUUGGCAUUUCUGAUGGUUGUGACUCUGACAGCAGCAGUGAACGUGUGACUGACUCCAGCCAGAGUCUUGGUGCUGCAGCUUGUGACGACGAUGCUGCAGAGCUCUUCAACCUCAAAGACCAGCAGGAGGAGCUUCCCCAGUUGGCCCCUGAGGCCGGAGAUGCUGUCGUCUCGCUGACAGUAGUUGUGGAGCUGUCGUUUGCCAAAGUGUCCAGCCCAGACAUGGUGCCAGAUUGUCCUGAGAAACUUUGCACCCCACAGCUGAGGAAGCUGCUGUCGCCCAUCUUCAACACUUCAUCAUCAUCAUCUCCAGCUGUUUCCUCAGAAUCCUGUCAAGUGUUGAGCCCGUUGGAUGAUGGAGUGAUGGACACCAGCAUGGUGAAGUUCUUUGCCACUUGUCCAGAAGAAGGACAGACAAAAGAUGGAGAGACUCAGGAGGGCUUUGAGGCGAUGGACCUGGACAUGUUGGCGCCGUACAUCUCUAUGGACGAUGACUUCCAGCUGAUAUUCAACAAAUUGCCAGAGGACAGUGAAAAUCCUUUCUCGUCCUCAUGGGAACCUUCCAGUGGAGCGCCUGCAGCUGAACUCAGCAGAAAACGGACUCGUUCCACAGACGAGGAAAUUCUGUGCAAGCAGACGAUUCAGGACAAGAGGCAGAGACCCAGUCCAUCCUCUCCAGAAGAACCGCUUCUGAGCCAGACAAUACUGGAGUGUGUAGAGGAAGCUGAGCCAUGUGAGGUGAUGUUGCAGAAGCGAAGCCAGCUGCUGACGGACAGGGACCCGGUUUUAGGAAGCGUGCACGGCCUAUGUGACACAGCAGCUUUAAUAUCCGUCUUCUCCGCCCGCCCUCCUGACCCAAGGCGGUCUUUCUCACCGAUGACGUGAAGGAGCUCCUGUUCAUCAGGUGGCAGCUCAGCUUCUGCGUGUGAUGGGAGGGAAAGUUGAUGCUGCGUCCACCUGCCGACAAAUAAAAAAGUGCACAACCUGACUAUGAACGUGGCCUCAACGAUUUUUAACAGAAGCGUGGCGGGUUUUACACAUCGUCAUGAAGCUGUCACUGUGAGGAAUAGCAGCAGGCGAACAACACGAGCCACAGAAUGACGUACCCGUUUUUUGGGGGGGUUAAUACUUUUCAUGUGGAACAUCUUCCAUGUGUCACAAACAUCAGCAACUAUGUGAGCCUGAGCCCAGCUGUCCCAUCAUGCUCUUCUUCACAUAUUUCCUUUUUCCUCGUAUCGUUCUUAUCUUUACUUUGAAGCAUCAGUGGAACGUUUUUAUGUAGCAUUUUUUUAUGACAGACAUUUUAUGUUAUGAACUCAGACUUUUGUUGAUAUCGUUUGUUUGUUUGUUUGACCUCUGAGGAACCAGGCGUGUGGGCAGAACCUGUGAAUUGACUGUUAAAAGGCCGCUGUUUGUCAUAAUGUGUGUUUUGAGUGUAAUGAAGCUUAUUAAAAAUGUAACAAAACUUUAAUUUUCUUUUUGUAUCACAAAUGUUUAAACUGACUUAUGCAGUUGUGGUUCUGUACAAAUUGUCAGUUUGUGUUUUCAGUUUCCACUUGAAAUAUUUUUUUCCAACUUUCUUUAUUGAAUUUUUAAGAACAAAACAUACAAUGUGAUGAGUCAAGACAAAAUGACCAUGACCCCCCCCCCCCCCGAACGCUACCCAUAUCCAGGUCCAAUCACACAAGACACAUAAUGACAUAGAAAGGGGGAAAAAAAAAACAUAAAAAGAUGCAUAAAAAGAUAGUUAAGCACAUUUAAUCUGCCACCAUUUCAGGUAAAAGUGUAAUGGUGUCAGUCAACAAAAGAAAUGCUUUCCAAGUUAGUUGCCACUUGAAAUAUUUUGAGGGUUUUAUUCUUUAGGUAUCCUGUUGUAAGCACAGAGUCCUUUUUUUCUGUUGUGAUUAUUCUGCAUUUUUGAUGUACGUUUCUUUGCCUUUUCUGUGGGUUUCAGGCUUUAAAUUACAUUUUAUUAAAGAUUUUCUUCAUCCUA